CUCACUAGAACCACGGGAGAGACAAAACAAUAUGACAGACGGGUCAAAAGUCAACAAGCCUGAGGAUACUGCAGACUUUGUUGUCAUGGAAACCGGAGCCUGGCAGCGGACGCAAGGACCGCCGAUGGAAGAAUGACCCGCCUUGACCGCGUCCUCCACACGCCACCUUCACGCAACUGUGCUGAGAGAAUGCUGUGGACAAUAACCAUCCCAGUCUUACUGGCUGGAGUGCUGUGCAUCACCGGGGAGACCAGAAGGCACCGCCCCCAUGGCUACAUCCCGUCCCCGUACAAGACUAAAGGGAACCUGUCCUCUGUGCGCCACCACCGGCUCCUCCAUCAGAAGCCUGAGGUGCUCUCCUCCAGCCGGGAGGCCUUGGUGGUGACCGAGGGUCGCUACCUCCGCAGGGACUGGUGCAAAACCCAACCCUUACGCCAGACCAUCAGCGAAGAGGGCUGCCGGAGCCGCACGGUGGUCAACCGCUUCUGCUACGGCCAGUGCAACUCCUUCUACAUCCCCCGGCACCUGGGUCCCCAGAAUCGAGGACACGGUUCCGGAAGGAAAGGCCACAACAAAGCCCAGGAGCCCUUUCAGUCGUGCUCCUUCUGCAGACCGCACCGCGUCACGCAGCUCACCGUGCAGCUGGACUGCCCGGACCUGCAGCCGCCUUUCAGGCACCGCAAAGUGCAGCGGGUCAAACAGUGCCGCUGCAUGUCGGUGGAGGUGAACGGACACGGGAAGCUGUGAGACAAUAGCUUCUUGUCCUUGACAUGAACCACAGACACUGAUUGAAGAGCAGAGGACCUGUGGACAACGGUCUAAGAGACUUGUGGUGUGGACAAAGGUCUAAGAGACUUGUGGUGUGGACAAGGGUCUAAGAGACUUGUGGUGUGGACAAGGGUCUAAGAGACUUGUGGUGUGGACAAAGGUCUAAGAGACUUGUGGUGUGGACAAGGGUCUAAGAGCCUUGUGGUGUGGACAAGGGUCUAAGAGACUUGUGGUGUGGACAAGGGUCUAAGAGACUUGUGGUGUGGACAAAGGUCUAAGAGACUUGUGGUGUGGACAAAGGUCUAAGAGACUUGUGGUGUGGACAAGGGUCCAAGAAACUUGUGGUGUGGACUAGACAUGGACUUCCAAGCCAGAGCCACAUGCCAGGUCUUUUCCCUGGGGCAGAUGUGGACUGGACUUCACGAGGACUACUCUUCUUUCAAACACCUUUUCAGUGUCCCAGAUGAUGCACAGAAGAAGACUGUGCCAGAAUCACAUGUCAAAAAUAUGCAGAGAAAACAACUUGAAUUUUGUGGAAAAUGACGCAGAAAUUAAGAACAUUUUAUUAAAAAAAACAAAAAAACAUUAUAUGUUACCAUUCAGUUUCAUGUAGGGGUGUAAUCGUGCGCCAUCACGGUUCGGUACAUAUUUCGCUUUAACGUCAGGAUUGGGUUUGUUGUGUAAGAGAACAAAACGGCUUAAAUAAAACGUAAAAAAACGGGAAUCUUUCUCCCAAAAAAACUACAAUAACAAAAAGUUGUAUUUUCCGGACUACGAGUUGCUACUUUUUGCCGUGCUUUGAACGGUGCAGCUAAUUUAUGGAUUUUGCUUUGCUAACAUCCAUAAUGUUGUGCCUUGAACCGGAAGUAUAAGUCAUGUUUAUACUACCAGUCGUCCAUAGCGUUUCUGCUCGAAAAGAUUCAUUCAUUCAUCAUUCCAAGCAACGUUUGCAAGUUUUACAAUACAACUAAAACAAUUCUUACUCACUUAACCGUUCCAUUAGUGAUGUCUGAGUGUUGCCAUGCAUAUUUCUACGUGCUAGCGCAGUGCAAUAGCAAAUAUGCUGUGUCUGUGUUAGUCUUAUUAACUUACAAUAGCAUUCUCAUUCUAUCGUUUCAGUUUCAUAAAUUCACCAAAACGUCAGCGUGGAGUUAUUGAGUGUAUUUAGCUGAAUGUAGAGCUAGCUUCCGCAGCUAGUGGGUCCAUGACCAUGACUUCUGUUUUGUUUGACCAGCCGUUUUACU